UAAAAGUUUUAAGUAGACCCUCUAGCAGACAUGUGACGAAUGUAAAUUACGGUAGAAAAGUGUACAGCUAAGAUAAAACGAAAUCUAGCUAAACAUGUGGGAGCCACCCCGACUGAGUGCUUCGCUACGAGCCAAAACGGAACUCGAAUCUAGAGCCCAUCGCUUCAACGGCCUGAGAAAUUCCGUUGCAAAGACUGUAGUGUCCACGACGACACCCAAAGAGAAAGCUGAACAGACGAUAGCAAAACUGCUUGCGCAAUUGCCGGCUGAGAAGCAGCCGGAGGCUAAGGCUCAGCUGCAAAAGCUACGCAAUCUCGUGCAGGAGUGCAUGGGCUACGAGGAGCAGCCACAAGUGGUGGAGCAUGCAGCACUGUAUCUGUUCUGGCUACUGCUGGAUGAGCGGGUACUGCUGGUGGCCACCACCAAUCGACUGCACACUAUGUUCGGCAACACAUUCGACCGGAAACGAACGCAAAUACACAACUGUGUGCUGGCUGUAGGUGAUGCAUUGGAAGAGCAUGAGCUGCUCGCUCUAAAGCGGUGGAGACAAUCGCAACAAAAACCGUCGGAACGUCCACUUUGGGGCGAAGAUAUACAAGUAAAUUGCACACCAGCCGAGUGGCUGGAUGUUAGCUUGUUGACGAACCUGUCACCCGAUGCACUGCUCAAAAAUCGGGUGGUCAACAAGUUUACCAUGAAAUACAAGACAGCCGACGUCUCAAUGCAAGCUGCAGCGCCGAGCACUGACAAUUUUAAGCUUAGUUCGGAGCUGGAGACACUUCUGAGCAUAGCCCAGAAAAUUGAAGAUGACAUGCUCCUUAAUCGAGUUGGCGACAUCCUUGGAUCGAAACGUAGUAGCGAGGAUCUGCAGAACGAAUUGAUGGAGCUACUGGGCUUUGAGAACUUCGAAUUGGUUGGACAGCUGCUACAAGAACGCAGCAAAAUUGCGCAGCAGUUGGAGCAGUACGCAACAAGAUCGCGUCGCAUUAAGCAAGUGAAGCAAAAGAGACAGCAGACAUCAACCGCCUCUGAGAAGCGGCCGACGGUGGCUACUGCAGUUGUGGUGCAGUCAGCACAGGAAAAACAACUGGGCAAGCAGCAGCGCCGCGAAGAGAAGAAACUGCACAGAAUCAUGCGUAGCGUCAAAGAUAAUGAAGAAGAUCAUGAAGAAGUAGGUGGCGCAGUUGCUAUUUCAGCACAACAGUUGCGAAUGCAACAUCAACGCAAGCUGCUCGAGGCAGCACAGCGCGAACCCCUGCUGCUUAAUACCAAGGCAGUUAAGGCCGAACAAUCAACCUAUACGGCACCUAUAUACUAUCCCUAUGUGUUCGAUAGCCAACGAGAAGCCAAGCAACAUGCCGGCUUCAUAGGCGGCAGUCGCAUCGCGUUGCCCGAAAAUGCUGUACGAAUAGACAAUAAACAAUGGGAGGAGGUCAAGAUACCAGCCAGCGAGCCGCCGCCACUUACAGUGGGCAAUCAGCGCAUUCAGAUUUCCGAACUGGAUGACAUUGGCCAGAUGGCAUUUGCCAACUGCAAGGAGCUCAAUCGCAUACAAUCCGUUGUUUAUCCUGUGGCCUAUCACAGCAAUGAGAAUAUGCUGGUUUGUGCGCCAACUGGCGCGGGUAAAACAAAUGUGGCGAUGUUGUCCAUUGUGCACACCAUUCGUUGCCAUUUGGAGCAGGGUGUCAUCAAUCGAGAUCAAUUCAAAAUUGUCUACAUAGCGCCUAUGAAAGCGCUGGCCUCUGAAAUGGUAGAGAACUUCUCCAAGCGCCUAAAAUCACUGCAAAUCAGCGUGCGGGAGCUGACCGGCGAUAUGCAGCUGACUAAAGCAGAGAUGGCAGCGACUCAGAUACUAGUCACCACGCCCGAAAAAUGGGAUGUUGUUACCAGAAAGGGCAGUGGCGAUGUGGCGUUAAUCAGUCUUGUCCAGCUGCUCAUCAUUGACGAAGUACAUCUGUUACACGGUGAGCGUGGUCCCGUAGUAGAGGCAUUAGUGGCGCGCACAUUACGUCUGGUAGAGUCCUCGCAGUCUAUGAUACGCAUCGUGGGCUUGUCCGCAACGCUUCCCAACUACAUCGAUGUGGCUCACUUUCUGCGCGUGAAUCCCAUGAAGGGUCUUUUCUACUUUGACUCGCGCUUCCGGCCUGUGCCCUUGGACACUAACUUUGUUGGCAUCAAAUCGGUUAAGCCUCUGCAGCAAAUUGCUGACAUGGAUCAGUGCUGCUAUCAGAAAUGCGUGGAAAUGGUCCAACAGGGGCAUCAGGUGAUGGUAUUCGUCCACGCACGUAAUGCUACGGUACGCACGGCGAAUGUGAUACGAGAGUUGGCGCAGCAGAACAACACCAGCGCGAUGUUUCUACCAGCGGACAAUAAUGCACAUGGCCUGGCCUGUCGAUCGAUACAGAGAAGCAGAAAUAAACAGCUGGUAGAACUGUUUUCCUGUGGUCUAGCCAUGCAUCAUGCCGGCAUGCUACGGGCGGAUCGGCAAAUGGUGGAGAAAUACUUUGUAGAAGGUCACAUCUCAGUGCUUGUAUGUACAGCCACCCUGGCCUGGGGUGUCAAUCUUCCUGCCCAUGCAGUCAUAAUACGUGGCACGGAUAUAUACGAUGCGAAACAUGGCAGCUUUGUUGAUCUGGGCAUACUAGAUGUGCUGCAGAUCUUCGGACGCGCAGGCCGUCCACAAUUUGAUAAAAGCGGUGUGGGCACUAUUAUCACCAGCUACGACAAGCUGAAUCAUUAUCUUUCCUUGCUGACCAAUCAAUUCCCCAUCGAAUCCAACUUUGUGCAAUGUUUGGCGGAUAAUCUCAAUGCCGAAAUUGGUUUGGGCACCAUUUCCAAUGUGGAGGAGGCCAUCGAGUGGCUUAGCUACACUUACCUCUUUGUGCGCAUGCGCAUCAAUCCACAUGUCUAUGGCAUUGAGUACUCGGAGCUGCAAAAGGAUCCAACGCUGGAGGCGCGCCGGCGCGCUUUAAUUAUGUCCGCAUCGAUGAGCUUGGAUAAAGCCAAGAUGAUGCGCUUCAAUCAGCGCACCAUGGACAUGAACAUAACUGACCUCGGACGCACUGCCUCACAUUUCUAUAUAAAAUACGACACAGUGGAAACGUUCAAUGAACUGAUGAAGCCUUACAUGAACGAAUCAGAGCUGCUAGCCAUGAUGUCGCAAGCGCAAGAGUUUCAACAACUCAAAGUGCGCGACGACGAGCUUGAGGAACUGGACGAACUGCGCGAAUACUACUGUAAAUUAAAGGCGUUUGGAGGCAGCGAAAAUGUUUGCGGCAAGGUAAACAUUUUAAUACAAACAUAUCUGUCCAACGGCUAUGUGAAGUCCUUCUCAUUGAGCUCCGACAUGUCUUACAUUACCCAAAAUGUUGGCAGAAUUGCGCGUGCCCUGUUUUCCAUUGUGUUAAGGCAAAAUAAUGCUACUUUGACGGGUCGCAUGUUGCAGCUCUGCAAGAUGUUUGAGCGCAGACAGUGGGACUUUGACAGCCAUUUGCGUCAGUUCCCGGCCAUCAAUGCGGAGACCAUUGACAAACUGGAACGUCGGGGCCUAAGUAUUUACCGACUCAGAGAAAUGGAGCAGCGUGAGCUGAAAGAAUGGCUGCGCAGUGACCGAUAUGCGGAGCUGGUUAUACGCUCAGCACGGGAGCUGCCUCUUCUGGAGGUGGAGGCCACUUUGCAGCCUAUUACCCGCACCGUAUUACGUAUCUCUAUAAAUAUCUGGCCGGAUUUCACGUGGAACGAUCGGGUGCAUGGCAAGACGAGUCAAAGUUUUUGGCUUUGGAUCGAGGAUCCGGAGUCCAAUUACAUUUACCAUUCGGAGCUGUUCCAAAUAAGUCGCAAGUGCGUCUUUAGCGGUCAGUCACAACAGCUCGUUAUGACCAUUCCAUUGAAGGAGCCAUUGCCGCCCCAGUACUAUAUACGCGUCACCAGUGACAGCUGGCUGGGCAGCACCACCUGUGUGCCACUGUCCUUCCAGCAUCUGGUGUUGCCGGAACACCAUCCGCCACUGACAGAGCUGCUACCGUUGCGUCCACUACCAGUUGCCAGCCUGCAGAAUGCGGUCUACCAAUCGCUCUACAAAUUCACCCACUUCAAUCCCAUACAGACGCAAAUCUUUCACUGUCUGUACCACACGGAUAACAAUGUCUUGCUGGGCGCACCGACGGGCAGUGGCAAAACAAUUGUCGCUGAAAUUGCCAUUUUCCGCGCGCUAAACCUGCAACCCAAGUGUAAGGUGGUGUACAUAGCGCCACUUAAGGCGCUUGUCAAGGAACGCAUCGCCGACUGGCAGUUGCGCUUCGAGCGUUCGUCGCUGGGCCUUAAAGUUGUGGAGCUUACAGGUGAUGUUACUCCGGACAUUCAAGCAAUUCGCGAAUCACAGCUGAUUGUUACCACGCCGGAGAAAUGGGAUGGCAUCAGUCGAUCCUGGCAGACUCGCGAAUAUGUGCAGCAUGUAUCCUUGAUCGUGAUCGAUGAAAUCCAUCUGCUGGGCGAAGAUCGUGGUCCAGUUAUCGAGGUCAUUGUUUCCCGCACAAAUUUCAUUACCUCGCACACGGGCCGCUCCAUACGCAUUGUGGGCUUGUCAACGGCGCUAGCCAAUGCUCAGGAUUUGGCCAACUGGCUGGGCAUUAAACGUGUUGGUCUCUACAAUUUCAAGCCCUCAGUACGGCCGGUGCCGCUGCAGGUUCACAUCAAUGGUUUUCCUGGCAAGCACUAUUGCCCGCGCAUGGCCACAAUGAACCGACCAACGUUCCAGGCCAUACGCACAUACUCCCCGUGCGAGCCGACCAUAGUAUUUGUGUCCUCGCGCCGACAGACACGUCUAACGGCGCUGGAUUUGAUCACUUUUGUCGCUGGCGAUGAGAAUCCCAAACAGUUUCUGCACAUUGCCGAACAUGAAAUGGAGCUAAUUCUGCAGAACAUUCGCGAUCAGAACUUGAAGUUUUGCCUGGCGUUUGGCAUUGGACUUCAUCAUGCUGGCCUGCAGGAGCCGGAUCGCAAGUGUGUGGAGGAGCUGUUUUUGAAUCGUAAGAUACAAGUUCUAGUGGCCACCGCCACGUUGGCUUGGGGUGUCAAUCUGCCUGCACAUCUGGUGGUAAUCAAGGGCACCGAAUACUUUGACGGCAAGGUAAAGAAAUAUGUGGACAUGCCCAUUACGGAUGUGCUGCAAAUGAUGGGACGUGCUGGGCGGCCACAGUUCGACAACGAGGGAGUUGCUGUCGUUCUGGUGCAUGAUGAGAAGAAGAACUUUUACAAGAAGUUCCUCUACGAUCCGUUCCCGGUCGAGUCCAGUUUAUUGGGCGUGCUGCCCGAGCAUAUCAAUGCUGAAAUUGUAGCUGGAACAGUGCAGACCAAACAGGCCGCACUGGACUAUCUAACGUGGACCUACUUUUUCCGGCGACUGCUGCGUAAUCCAUCGUACUAUCAGCUGGAGGGCGUAGAGCCGGAGAAUGUGAAUGCCUUCAUGUCUAGCCUGGUCGAACGGGUUGUCUACGAACUGGCGGGCGCUGCCUGCGUCGUCGAACGGGAUGGACAACUGGUGCCCACGUUUCUGGGUCGCAUCAGCUCCUUCUACUAUCUGUCGUACCGCACAAUGAAGCAUUUCUUGAAUGAUUUACAACCGGACAUGGACACCAAGCAGGUUCUCCUGGCCAUUUCAGAUUCCUAUGAGUUUGACCAGCAGCCUGUGCGCCACAAUGAAGACAAAUAUAACGAGGAAUUGGCCGAGGUUCUUCGCUUCCGUCCGCCAUCUGCCAGUUGGGAUUCCCCCUAUACGAAAACAUUCCUGCUGUUGCAAGCUCACUUUUCUCGCCAGUCACUGCCCAAUUCGGACUAUCUGACAGACACCAAGUCGGCACUGGACAAUGCGACGCGUGUCAUGCAAGCCAUGGUGGACUACACUGCGGAGCGUGGCUGGCUAUCGACAAGUCUGGUUGUGCAGCAAUUGAUGCAGUGCGUCAUCCAAGCACGCUGGUUCGAUGCAUGCGAGUUCCUCACGCUGCCCGGUGUGAACGAAGCCAACGUCGAUGUAUUUCUUAACAUUCAGCACGAUAAUUACGACUAUCUAACACUGCCCGUGCUCAAGGAGGUUUGCAGAAAAGAUUACGAGGUGCUGGCAAAGCCGCUACGUGAUGCAUUCGAAGAACAUGAAAUUGAACAGAUAUAUAAGGUUAUUCAAGGUUUGCCGGAAAUCUCGCUGCAAAUCUUUGUGGAGGGUCGCUAUAUGGAUGAGGAGUACGCCAAACGAGCAUUGUCAAUUAGCGAAGACUCCGUCAACUGGAUCCCCUUACAUGCCAACGAGGACUAUGUGCUGUGCGUUGAUCUGCAGCGUCUGAAUGUUGCUGCCGGGCAGCGUAGAAGUGGCGGACAAGGAUACACCAUAUACAGUCCAAAGUAUCCAAAGCCAAAGAAUGAGGCUUGGUUCCUAACUCUCGGCUCGCAAGCGAACGAUGAACUGCUGGCCAUGAAACGUUUAUCACUUCGAGGCAUUCGCUCCUCCAAUCGCAUCUCCUUCCAGGCGACGCCACGUCGCGGCCGCUUGGUGCUCACGUUAUAUCUGAUGUCCGAUUGUCUGAUCGGGUUUGAUCAGCAAUACGAUCUGCAUUUUGAAAUUAUUGAUGCUAAGGCCUAAACACAUACCAUAGUCAAACAUCAUAGCCCGUUCCUUAACUGAAGGCAUUUUAGAUCAUAUUUAUGGACUAAGUAGUUAUAUCAGCUGUGCUGUUUGUACUAUAUAUAUACAUAUAUGCAAUUGUAGUUGAACUUACAUAUAUAUUUAUUGUGUUGAUCCCCCGCAUAUUUAUGACAAAUGUCAAAUAUUUUUAUAUUUUCCGCCAUUUAAGGCGGAAUAUUCAUGUUAACUAACGUAUUAAA